CCAGCACUUAUGGCGGCGUUGUGGUGAUGCUGGACCAGAGGCUGCAAAUGCGUCGCAGAGUUCGUUGUUGAGUACCAGGAGUAGUUUGCCAAAAACGAUGAAGGCGCAGUCGUGUUGGGAGGGCUGCUGCUCUGAGGCAGGAUUCUUUUCAUCAAGGCUCAGCUGAGGAGGUCGUCUGAUGGUCAGUGAACUUUGAAAGUGUGAAAUUCAGUGAUGCUAGAGGAUGAAAUAGUGGGAUACUUGUCAAGAAUAGCUUCAAAGUCAUUUGGAAAAUGAAGGAGGUUCCUCUAGAGAAUGCACAAGUCAUCAAAUUUCUGGAUGGUCAGAGCAGCUGCUAUUUGGAUCUUCCCAGUGCUCAACGACAUGAAAAUGAUUCACAAUGACAGGACACAGAUGGAUAACAAAGGAAUCCCCAGAAUUCCCUGUGUCAUCUGCACGGCCUGCCUGAGAAAGAAUUCAGAGAGGUCUGCAAGGUCCCGCUCCCCUCAUUGUUGAUUCAGUGGCACACACACCCCCACCCAGGAGCCAUAAAUGGAAGCAGCCCUUUGUGAGAGGGGAGUGGAGCAGAUUUACUGUGGAUGGUCCCCCGACAAAGGACCAAGCCACUGUCACAACAGGACCAGGAUCAGCUGCUUGCACUUUCACACAUGCACUAGGCAGCGUCCCGUGUGCGGUGCUGUACCUCUGGGUGACCGCCGGGGGCGCGGUGGAGCAGAGGCGCACAGCCCGGUGGGGACCCCCAGCCGCUGCAGCCGCCCUCAGUCACACGGCACCGGGCAGAGCGGAGAGCAGCAGCGGGGUCAGGGGCUCUCAACUUUGGACUAUAACCGGACAUAUCUGGAACAGGUGCGCUGCGAUGAUGCUGCUGCUGGGAGGACCCUCUGCCGCUCCUGCUGCACUUUUAUUUUAUUCCUAUUUUCUGGAGACAACUCUGGUGCUCGCCUUCAACCUGGACACCGGUCAUGUCAUCAGGAAGGACGGGGAGCCGGGCAGCCUGUUCGGGUUCUCCCUGGCCAUGCACCGGCAGCUCAACCCGGAUAAAAGACUGCUGUUGAUUGGUGCGCCCAGAGCUCGAGCUUUGGGAAAACAAAAAGCCAACAUCACUGGAGGCCUUUAUAAAUGUGAAAUCACCCAGUCCAAUGAUUGUGAGCGCGUUGAAUUUGAUAAUGAAGAGAACGUGCGUACUGAGAACAAGGAGAAUCAGUGGAUGGGUGUGACGGUUCAGAGUCAGGGACCUGGAGGAAAGAUAGUGACUUGUGCUCAUCGCUACCAGCGGCGCUUGUUUGUGGACACCCCUCAGGAGUCCCGGGACAUCACCGGGCGCUGUUACGUCCUGAGCCAGGACCUGACCAUCAACGAGCACUCUGAUGAGGACGGAGGCAACUGGAACUUCUGCGAGGGCAGAGCCAGAGGACAUGAAAUGUUUGGGUCUUGUCAGCAGGGUUUGGCAGCCACUUUCACCAAAGACUACCAUUACGUCGUGUUUGGAGCACCAGGAGCUUACAACUGGAAAGGCAUUGUGCGAGUGGAACAAAAGAACAACACUUUGCUUGAGAUGGGAGUUUAUGAUGAUGGCCCGUACGAAGUCGGAGAUGAGCAUCAGUUGAACCCUGAGCUCGUGCCUCUACCUGCCAACAGCUACCUCGGAUUCUCCCUCGAUUCGGGACACAGAAUCACCAGGGGUCGUGACCUGACGGUGGUGGCUGGAGCGCCCAGAGCCAAUCACAGUGGAGCGGUGGUCCUGUUGAGGAAAGAGAGCGACAUCUCCAGCAGACUAUUGGUGGAGCACACCUUGUAUGGGCCGGGACUCGCUUCCUCCUUUGGAUAUGACGUAGCCGUUGUUGACCUGAGCGGUGAUGGAUGGCAAGACAUAGUUGUUGGGGCUCCUCAGUUCUACAUGAAGGAUGGAGACGUUGGAGGAGCUGUUUACGUCUACAUCAACCAGGCGGGAAGGUGGGACAGAAUCACUCCUGUGCGUUUGAACGGGACCAAAGACUCCAUGUUUGGACUGGCAGUGGAGAACAUUGGAGACAUCAAUCAAGACUCAUAUGAAGACAUCGCAGUCGGAGCUCCUUAUGAUGACAGCGGGGCGGGAAAAGUCUACAUUUAUCAUGGCUCUGCAGAGGGAAUCAAAACCAGCCCUGCUCAGAUCCUCUCAGGAACACCGCACAACAUGAGACUGUUUGGAUAUUCUCUGGCAGGGAACAUGGACCUGGACAGUAACUCUUACCCAGACGUGGCUGUCGGCUCUCUGUCGGACUCGGCUCUAAUCUACAGGGCUCGGCCGGUCAUUAGCAUCAGUAGGGCUGUCAAAGUAUCUCCACAGGAAAUUGACCUCGCUAUUAAAACCUGUGGGAGCAGCAUUUGCUUCACUGUGGAGGCAUGCUUCUUCUACGAAGCAAAACCUGCAUCUUACAGCCCGAGACUCACAAUCAGCUAUACCGUCGAGGCAGAUGGAGAACGCAGGAAACAGGGGCUGCCCUCCAGAGCUAUGUUCAACAAAUCCCACACCGACGUGGACUACCAGUUUAACGGCACCUUGGACCUCCGCGGCCAAAAACAGAAAGCAUGCAUCAAUAUCGUCACCAAACUGAAGGACAAUAUCAAGGACAAGAUGCGCAGCAUUCCCAUCGAGGUGUCUGCAGAAAUUGUGAGUACUAAACGACAGAAGGUGAGGAACGGCCUCCCUCCACUGAUGCCCAUAUUGGACUCCUCCCAGCCGAGCAAAGACGUCAUUGAGGUCAACUUUGUAAAAGAGGGAUGUGGAAGCGAUCAUGUUUGCCGGAGUAACCUGAAGAUGGAGUACAAACUGUAUUACAAACCAAACAACCAGGAAAAUUACACAGAGUUAUUACCCACCAAGAAAAGCAUCCCCGUGUUUCACCUGAACUACGAGAAGAAGGACCUGGCUAUUUGGGUGAGGGUCAACAACAUGAACGGCGACGACGCUUACGAGGCGAAGCUGGUGGGCACCUUCCCCGAUGGGGUGUCGUAUUCUGGAGUCCGCUCACAGCAAACAACGGCGGAGAAGCCGAUCAUCUGCACAGCCAAUCAGAACGGCUCUCAGGCAGACUGUGAGCUGGGGAAUCCUUUUAAGAGCAACUCCACGACUACAUUUUACAUCAUCCUGAGCACUUCUGGUAUGACGCUGAACACCACGGAGAUUGACAUUGACCUGCAGCUCCAAACGACAAGCGUGCAAGACAACCUUGCUUCCGUUAAAGUAAAGGUUAAAGUAAUCAUUGAAUUGCCGUUAUCUGUCUCUGGCGAGGCCAACCCUAAUCAGGUGUCCUUCGGAGGUGUCGUGAAAGGUGAAAGUGCCAUGAAGACAGAAGAAGAGAUUGGAAGUUUGAUUAACUACACAUUCAGAAUAAACAACGUGUGGAAAACUCUGACGCAUCCUGUCAAAGCCUCGCUGCGCAUUCAGUGGCCCAAGUUUAAUAAACAUGGGAAGUGGCUUCUGUACCUGGUGAAGAUCUCCUCUCCUGGACCGCAGGAGAUCCUCUGCUCCCCAGAGUCUGAGAUCAACUCUCUCAAACACAUCCGGGAGUCGUCUGCGUCCAGGACCAAACGAGAAAUUGGAGAGAGGAAACCUGUCAGCAAAAUGUCGUCACUGUCGGGCAAAAAUAAAGUACUGUCAUGUGGCAAGGACAUCCAAUGUGUGGAGCUCAGUUGCCCUCUGCAGGGCCUCGACGGUACAGCAGUUGAGCUGAGGUCUCGCCUCUGGAACUCGACCUUUAUUGAGGAUUACGCCUCUCUCUCAUACUUGGAAAUCGUUGUGAAGGCCUCACUCGUCUUGCAGGGUCAGCCUAACAACAUGAUCCUGAGAACUCCUGACACUGAAGUGAAAGUGACAGUGACUUCAGAGGGUGCCGUGGCACAGCACACCGGAGUUCCCUGGUGGAUCAUCCUGGUGGCUGUUCUUGCAGGCAUCUUGAUUUUGGCUUUGUUGGUGUUUCUUCUCUGGAAGUGUGGAUUCUUCAAACGCUCCAAGCGUGACGACAGCGUGCCGCGUUACCACGCCAUUAGGAUUAGAAAGGAAACCCCCGAGUACAAAGACGGCACAGUGAAGCUUGAUGCUUUCGAGAGGAAGCAGUGGAUGACCUCUUGGAUUGACAAUGAAAGUUACUCAUAAAAAAAUCGUCAAGCCUCAGUGAUUUAAAAAAAAAAAAAUGAUCGUAGGUAAUCCUUUUCAGGAAUUAGUCUGGUUCAUGUCUUUGGAUUUUUACACUGUAUAGAUGAUGAAAUGUUGUUUGUAUAUUUUGUAUAUAUUGAAAUUCUUCUGCACACUGUAUAUUUAUUUUUUGAUAAAAAAUAAUGUCAUGCAGCCAAAGAGUUUUUUUUUUUCAGUCUUAUGUUUGCCUGCAGCGGAUCAACACAGGGCAGUGUUGAACACUGUGUGUCUGUGGAGUUGUACUGUCUUACUAAAAAGUCUAUGCAAGGAAGGUACAGCCAGCUUAGUGUCACGUGAAUGUAAAUCUGUACAUUUGUUGUAGCGAUUUAUGCGUCUAGUUCAGCGCUUUCAGACAAAACAACUUCGUCUUUGGAAUGACAUGUAGGUACAAUAAUUAAAGAUGUAUAACUGAGCGUUUAAAAGCCAGUUGAGGGAAUUUUUCCCACAUUUGCUCUUCACCUCUUCUCACUACUGUGGCAUUCAGGUAGCAUCCACUGUACUGUAGGUCGUCACUGAAGUAACUCCUUCUGUUCAGUGUAAGGAAUCCAAAGGGACACUGGUGAAAAGUAGCUGAAAUGUGUGUUAUAUAGAUUUAAUUCAAUGUCAAUGUCUUACGUGUCGAAUUGUAUAAUAAACACCAUUUUUAAACACUGGGUUA